AUGGACACUCUCAGAUCGAAGGUGACUUCUGCAUGGGCACUGAAGGAGGAAUUAAUUCUGAAAUCCCUCGGUAAGGGAUUUGUACUCUUCCGUUUUCAGUCGGAGACGGAUAUGCUGAACAUCUGGAAGAGAGGUCCGGUCAGGGUAGAGGGACAGCUCUUGAGGUUCCAGAGGUGGCGACCGGAAUUCAAAGUGGAAGAUGAGGACAUCACACACAGGCUUGCGUGGGUUAGGUUUCCAAAUAUUCCCCAGGAAUACUGGGAUGAAGAAAUACUGCUCACUAUGGCUAAAGCAGUGGGACGACCAGUAGCGAUUGAUCGAAGAAUGAAAGAUUCUCACUACGAUCACUUUGCUCGUAUUUGUAUUGAUUUAGAUGACUCUCAGCCUUGGGUUGAGGAAAUUUAUGUUGAAAGGGAACAUACUUCUUCUUCAGAUAUUUUUAUUUUCAAACAGGUUGUCGAGUAUGAAAAUCCACUUUCUAGGUGUGUGCAUUGUCGUCGUUUUGCCACCAGUGGUCCGCCGGAGAAGAGAGUGGCGUCCUCGCGAAGUGCGGUCUGA